CAAACAAACCGAAGAAAGUCCCCUAGGGUUUUCAUCUCAGAAUUCAGAAAAGGACCGACCGCUGGCCGCUGCUGCUGCUUCUGCUCUAACAUUAAUCUAUUGUGGUUAUGAAAUCAUUGAAGCAUUUGAGCAAUAUUCUCGACUUUCCUUCUCCAACCUAAUUUUCUCAACUGAAAACCAACCAGUUUAGGUUAGGUUAGGUUAGGUUAGGUUAGGCUUGUUAAAUCUGGUGCCUCUUAACAAUGGGCGACGGAGCGCAAGCAGAAGAAGGGAUCUCCCUGAUAAAGCAGCUCGGCGCAUCCAACCAGAGCACCCGGAACAAAGCUCUCAUCCUCCUUCUCAAUACAUGGCUUCCAUCCCAACGCGAUCUACCUGACGAUCUUAUGAGGAAGCUCUGGAAGGGCCUCUUCUACUGCGUCUGGCACGCCGACAAGCUUCCCGUUCAGUCCCAACUCGUCGACCGCCUCUCCUCUGUCCUCCUCCGCCUCCCUCUUCCUCUCUCCUUCCACUACUUCUCUGUCUUCCUCCUCACCAUGCGCCGUGAGUGGUCUGGCAUCGACGCCCUCAGGUUAGACAAGUUCUACCUCUUCAUUCGUAGGUUUUUGCAUCAUUCUUUCGCUUUGUUGAAAAAUAAUUCGUGGGAUUCCGAACUAUCGAGUCGUUUUAUGGGUGUUUUGGUGGAGAGGACUUUCUUCUCUGAUGAUAAGUUUCAGGGCAGUGGUGUUAAUUACCAUAUUGCAUCCGUUUUUCUUGAGGAGCUUAGGCCGUUCCUUCCUGUUCGCUCUGUAAUAGUCCAGGUUCUUUUGGAGCCGUUUGUUUCUGUUAUGGGGAAGUUGCCUGAUAAAGUGUUGCUAGGGAAGAUUAGGUCUUGUAUGUUUGAUGAGUUGUUAAAAAUGGGGAAGAAGUUAUUGGAGAUCAAGAAAGUUGGGGAUGAGGUUGAUUCCAGUGACGAAGCUGUGGUGCUUGGGACGAUUGCAUUGACCAUGGGGUUUUCGAGCAAGUUUUAUGAAUUGGGUUCUUCGGUUCAAUGCUGUCAGGGGAAUAGGAAGGUACUGUUUGGUUUGUAUGAGGAGUUUUCCAAGUUGGAGAAGGAUGCGGCGCCUUCAGGGAUUGAGGUUCCGAUUCCUGAUACUGUCGAAAGUGAUGAAGAAGUGCCAACUUUGGUUCCUAUUGGUGCCGAGAUGGAAAUGGCUGGCUUGGAACCUGCUGAGGUUGGUGCAGAUGCUGAAAAUGUGUCUUCUGGUGAUAAGUCUUUAAAGAAGUGCAGGAAAAAGAAGAAAGACUCAGGUGGCAGUGGCAAAAAAUCUAAGAAGACAAAGAAGAUUGAGAUUGCUGAUACGGUUUUAGAGGAUAGUCCUGCAGAGAGAGAGGAGAAUGCAGCUAUUGCAAACGGGAUGAAUCCAAACGGUGAAUAUACUGGUGCUGGGGGUUCUGUAACAUUCAAUGAAUCUGUGAUUUCGAAUCUCCAGAUUCAGUUUGAGAAGAUUGCUGCUGAAGCUGGCUUGGAUAUUGAUGUUGUGAGUGCCUGUGAUUUGCCAAAAAUUAAAGUUAAUGGUACUGUAUCUAAGAAGAGAAAGAGAGCAAAGAAACAGAAAUCCCAAAAUCUUGAGCUAAACAGUGAGGGGGAUGCUGAUGGUGGCACAAGUGCGAAGAGUGGGGAAAAGAGUGCAAAGAAGGUAAGGUUUUCCAUGAAGAAUAAUUUGGUGUGGAAGCCCCACAGUCCGAUGCCUCCACAAAGUUUGAGAUUGCCCCCCUCUGUUACGCCAAGAGGAAGUGCACUUAAGAAAGGGUUACCUCCAGGUCCUAUCAGAGAGAUGCCUCCUGCAACUAAAAAGGUGAAGAAGAGAGCUGUUUCUGCAAAGAAACCCAGGAAGGCAAUAAAAACCAUUUCCCCGGCUGUCAAACGUGUGAAGAAGUUGAAAUCUCGUUCUACCUAGUAGAUAGAUUUCAUGCUCCAAGCCAAAAGAUAGAAAAUUAAAAGGAAAAAAGUAGUUUUCAUGCUGUUGGGUCCAGUUUUUUGGAACAAAUUUCUCUCAUGUUUGGUUGUAAUACGCUUACCCUUGAAGAUUCCCCCAUCUUACUCUUUGUUGCUUGGUUUCUGUUAUCUUCAGAACGCUGAGGUUUAUUUUGAUAUUGAUAUUGAUUAAUUCGUCAAGCAAAAAUCAAAUGUUGCACCGAGAUGAUGCCAAUGCUUUCAGGUUGAUAUUUGAGUUCAUUGAUAUCCAGAAUUUUCUUGAUAUCUGGAUAUCAAGUUAUUUUUUUCCUGUAAAAAAUAUAUUUCCCAUGCCUGUGAAACAUUACAUUUUUUCCUAUAAUCCUUCUAGUUUAAAGAUGUCUUUCCGAUAUAGAUGGUGUUAUGGACAACCCAAUUCUUGAUCAGGAGAUCCCUUUUCUUCUAGAGGGUAGUGUUUUGUAGUCAUAAUUAUAGAAAAGGAUCCAUACCAUAAAAGUGAUACUUGGAAGUUCGGACAUUUACUUUCUUCUUCUCUUACUGCCUCUCGUCUAAGACAUUUUGCCCAAAAAAGCGUGUCUUUUUCAGUAUCAAGAUUAAUUUUUUUUAACGUUGCCUUUGUAUUGUAGUCUAUGCUCUUAUGAUUUCAAAGUUCUUUGAUGAUGGCAUUUGUGGCUAUCCUUGAUCUGAAUAUUUAUUUGGGAAAAUGUUGCAUCAAUUCUGGGGGGCUUUAUAACAUGUGUAUUCUGGUCUACAUGAUUCGUGUUUGUCACAUCUGUACCGCCGAUUUGUGCAUGUUUCCGUUUUCUUGCUUUUUAUUUUUGUUCUUAUAUUCUUUGUUGGACUUCUUCCUUAGAGGUACAAUAAUAUAAGAACAAAAAUAUAAGUACCUUACCCAUCUUAUUCUCUAGAAUGAUAGAAUUCAUGCACUUGUUUGAGUGCAAUAAUAGAUACUCUCAUCCCAAGUGGUCGAUGAACGGCUUCUAGCAAGCGCCAAGUCUUGGUUACUGCAACGCUUUGAACUAUAAAAUAAUGAAGUUUGAAAUCCUUUUCCCUCGUCACCAAGAUUGAAUUCAUCCGAGUUGAAGGGAUCACGUGAGGCUCGGUGCUUUUGGGUUUGGGCGGUGAGGAUUUGCGAGCAGUGUGCAUCUAAGAACUGUUAUUGAAAGGUUGAAGAAGGCGGAGACGUUUGUUGCUAAAAACCAUCGAGAACCGGUAGUUGCAGUAUAUGUUUGCAGGAGUUAUCGGCAUCGGAUUCGGAUGGCGCGGGGGCUGAGCUUCUUUGGAUGGGCUGUUCUUUUCUUUAAAAUCGAACUUGUAACUUCCAAUGGCUAGACAAUGACACUUGUCCCAACUGCUAGUGUAAAGCGAUGAUGAAUGAAGAUUCCUUUCCUUUCCUUUCC